CUCGCCCCGAGCGGCUGGCCUGCUGACCCGCAAUGGUGAAUGCCAAAUAUGUCGCCUUUACAGUCAACAAGCAGACGCCGUUCCUGCAGACGCCCGACCAGGCCUAUGCGACGGUCAUCAACUGCCGCCCGCCCGCCGGCAAGCGUGCGGGAUUUGCGCACGAGGUGCGCUCCCACAAUGUGCCCUUGGCCAAGGUCGAGGGCAGUCUGAAGCGCAAGCGGGGUGACGAGGGCAAGAGAGACCACGACCAUGCGACGGCCUCGGCCGUGUCCUUUGGCAGCAAUGCGACGCCUCCGCUCGCCACGGCUCCCGCGCGCCCACUACUCACCCAGCAGUGGCAGCAACGCAAGCCCACCCGCCUACGGAGGGGCAAGAUCCUGUCCAAGGGCGUCGACCUCGACUGCUGGUUCAUCAUACUGUCGUACUCGGACCCCGCGCAGCUGCUCGAGAUGCGCAGCAAGAUUGCGUCGUGUUAUCGGUUUCUGCGGGACAAUCCUAUGCUCUGGAAGCAUAGCAGGGUUUACUACUACGGAACCGACAUGCCGGACCCACCUCCAGGGCUGACAGAGUUCCAAUUUGCCCAUCUGCGCCAUGGCCAUGGCUGUAUGGACUGCGGUGCACCGAACACCCGCAAGACCUUUUGGGCCUUUCUGCGCCGCAUGUGCAAGGAUUGCCUGACCAACCAAGUCAUCAAGGAGUACGAGGCCAUGGCUCUGCUCAAGGGACCAGACGGUGAGGACGUUUCCUUCAUCCGCGCCGCCCUUCCGAGCGGCAUCUACGACUCGUGGGGCAAUUUCGUUGGCGUUGGCCCUGCCAGCACGCAUGCACUCAAGACAAUAUAUCUAAGGUCCGACGUGGAGAAGCUCGUUGCCGAGUACAAGCGCGAGUUGCGAGAGCGCGCUUCCGACGCCACCGAGCCCUCGACCUGGAUUGCCACAUGGCUUGCUGCCAAAGCCCAGAAGAUCGAAGAGCGGCAGGCGUUUGCAAAGAAGAUGGAGCAGUGGGAAGAGAUGCAGCGAACUGCCCGGACGGCCGAGUACAGCUCCAAGAAAUCCAGACGCAAGGCCUACUUCAAGGAAAAGGCCGCCCAACUGACGCCCCCCAUUGGUAUCAAGGAGCUCGAGGCCUGCCCAUCGUACAAGCGCGCCGUGACCAUCCCCAAGGAUCCCAACAAUACUUCGUGGGAUCUUCUCAAACCCAAGAUAGUCAAGGAGGCAGCACAAAACGCAGCCAGGAGGGGCUUAGACGACUCGCAUCCUCCUACAGCGUCAACGUCCGGCAUCUCGACGCCCACAGGCAGCAUGAACCCCUACCCUCACGCACAUCUCUAUCUUGGCACCAUCAUGGGUCUGCCGCAGGCUGACCACCACCAUAUGUUUCAAUGAGUCUUUUUUUUUCGACGUGUUUUUUUUUCUUCCUUUGUGCGUUUGACGCUGGGCUGAGCAGUGCAC